CCAAUAGGGGCUCAGAGAGAGACCAGAGAGAUACUACCCCCCCUCCCCCCCCUUCACUGGUACAGCUGACUGAACUACUGGGGGACAAAGUGAACACACUCUGAAAGACUGUCUCACUAGACGAACAGCCUGAAAGAGGUUCAACAGCAUCUGGAGCACCUGAGCUGAGUGACUUGGCAGGCCAGAGGAACGAGGUUGAGAGGCUCCUGAACUGAGCUGAGUGACUUGGCAGGCCAGAGGAACGAGGUUGAGAGGCUCCUGGACUGAGCUGAGUGACUUGGCAGGCCAGAGGAACGAGGUUGAGACGCUCCUGAACUGAGCUGAGUGACUUGGCAGGCCAGAGGAACGAGGUUGAGAGGCUCCUGAACUGAGCUGAGUGACUUGGCAGGCCAGAGGAACGAGGUUGAGAGGCUCCUGAACUGAGCUGAGUGACUUGGCAGGCCAGAGGAACGAGGUUGAGAGGCUCCUGAACUGAGCUGAGUGACUUGGCAGGCCAGAGGAACGAGGUUGAGAGGCUCCUGAACUGAGCUGAGUGACUUGGCAGGCCAGAGGAACGAGGUUGAGAGGCUCCUGAACUGAGCUGAGUGACUUGGCAGGCCAGAGGAACGAGGUUGAGACGCUCCUGAACUGAGCUGAGUGACUUGGCAGGCCAGAGGAACGAGGUUGAGACGCUCCUGAACUGAGCUGAGUGACUUGGCAGGCCAGAGGAACGAGGUUGAGACGCUCCUGAACUGAGCUGAGUGACUUGGCAGGCCAGAGGAACGAGGUUGAGACGCUCCUGAACUGAGCUGAGUGACUUGGCAGGCCAGAGGAACGAGGUUGAGACGCUCCUGAACUGAGCUGAGUGACUUGGCAGGCCAGAGGAACGAGGUUGAGACAACAGAGAGGCCCAAAACGUAGAGGCUUGUACUUGGUUACUGCUUGCCUGGUGGGAGCUGCAGAUAGCAGGUCCUGACCUCUCUACAGGACAUACUGAGAGGAGACUACAAGACUUCUCCUACAGGGUCACCCACCACAACAUGCAAGGGAAAAGUGAACACGAACACCAAGACAAUAAUAUGGAAUCAGACUUUGAUCCCAACAAGCAGCCCGAAAGUCCCCCGUCUGAGAACGAGCCCUCCAAUCCUGUCAAAGUCCGCCAGAACCCCAAAUAUCAGCUGUUCCUGGAUGGAGACACGAUUGGGAACGGAUCCAGGGAUACGAAUGGAACGUCUGGGAGAGAGAACGGGAACGGGAGAGAACCCAGGAACAGUUCCCGUUUGGACAGCGCUAGCUCCAGAUUCGGGCCAAACUUCCGCGGGUCCCUGGAAUCGCUUGCCUCUCGGGACUGGGACACCAUGUCAGACAGGGUGGGAGGUUUUGAGAGUCCUCCCAGGGUGUUCAACAGUCCCUACGCUACAGCGGCUUCCACGGACUACAACCCUGGAAUGAACCGGAUGUCAGAGCAAAAGAUGCAGGAGGUGAUGUCUCCAGCCACGUCAGAGCUGAACCUGUUCAACAGCUACAACAGCAGAAGUAGCAGCCCUGUGCUCUCCUUCACCUCGGCUGCGACCUCCUCACGUGCACGCUUCUCAACCUUCGACUCUCUCAGGAGGCGGGACCAGCCGGUGAUGCCAAGCCAACUCCCCAUGCGGUCCACAGCGUCGCCUGUUGCUAUGCCCAACAAGAGAGACUACAUCGAGGAGCUGACCAGACAGAUGGAUGCCUGUCAGAAGAGGAACCAGUUCCUGGAGGCAGAGAGCAUAGAGAUGGACAAGGAGAGGAACCAGAUCAGGUUGGAGAUGAGAGGCCUGUUGGUGAACAACGAGGACCUUCUCAGAACCAACAGUACCCUGCAGAUGGAGAUGAACAGGAUGAGGAUGAGGAUGGUAGAGCUGGAGAGAGACAACACGACCAUGACGGAACGCUUCAGAGUUAUGGAGACGGAGCUGACCGAGGCCAGGGCCCAGAUGGUGGAGGCCAACACUCAGGAAUACGCCUUCAACUUCCUGCAGCAGUCUCUGAAGAAUAAGAUACAGGUCGCUGAGGAGGCGCUAGAGAAGCAGACGCUCCAUGCCCAGGGGCUGUCAGAGAAGCUGUGGCUGUCUGAGAGACAGUUGGAGGAUCUAGAGGUGGACAAGGAGACACGGGACAAGAAGAGAUCAGAGCUCAGUGACACUGUCUUCAGACUGGAGACUGAGCUAGAAGAGGCUCUACAGAAAGCCACCCAGGCGACAGCAGAGCUCAGUCUGCAACAGAAGCUACGAGAUGACGCCCUGCUGAGGGUAGAGGAGAUGGAGGAGAGUUUACUGGAGAGGGGUCAGGAGCUGCAGAUAGCCCAACAGACUGUCAUCCGCCUACAGGGACAGGUGUCUGAUAGGCUGAUAGAUAAGGAGCGUUCCCUGGAGGAGGAGAUCCAGCUGAGAGAGAGAGUUCAGCUGCAGUUGAAGCAGGCAGAGAGGAGCGUAGAGGACCUAACCAUGGAGCUACAGACGGCUGCACAGACCAAGGAAGACCUGGUCAAGCAACUCAAACAGGCUCAGGAGAAACUGUUAGAUCUUGAGAGCGACCUGGAGGAGAUGCAGGACAGUGAACAGAGAUGGGCCAGCAAGAACAAGAGAGCCAUCGAACAGACGGAACAGCUCCAGCUGAAGCUGAUCCAGCAGAAAGAUGUGAAUGAGCAGCUGGACAGUGAGAAGAGCAUCCUGGAGAGACAGCUGCGGGACCUGCGUGUGGAGGUGGAGAACCUCCAACACACCAGAGUUCAUGAGGAUGUCAUCACUAAGACGGAGAGCCGGGCCAAGGAGCUGGAGAACGCUCUGAGGGUGGAGGAGAGGAACAAGGUGGUGAUGAGCAACACCAUCAGUAAACUGGAGAGGAAGAACAACGAACUGUCUGAUCAGCUGGAGGAGGAACAUAAGAUGGCCAAGGAGCAGAAGGACCUGAUGUCCCAGAGGAUGCGUUCCCUGAAGCGUCAGCUGAACGAGGCGGAGGAGGAGUCCAGUCGUAGAGACGCUCAGUACCGCCACACCCAGAGAGAACUGACAGAGGAGAGAGAGACCUCCAACAGACUACAGAAACAGCUCCUAGACCAGCACCUCCAACUCAAACGUAAGGAGUCCACCAUGGCGAUGAGACAGACUCUGGAAGAUCUACGUCUGGACCUUAGUGUGGAUGAGGAGGACCAGACCCCUCCAGUACCCACGGCCUCCAAGGCCUGAGACACCCUUCCUGGGACAGUAUUGCAGCAUCGCACCAGACAUACUAGCCUUACUCAUAACGCCUUUGUCCUAGAUUCAAUCCGGCCCGCAGAAGAUCCAUGCCAUUGCGCGAUUGACAUUUAUAGCUCAUUUCCCAUUGAUCCGGCAUAUGCAGCAUUCAACGUGAAUGUGGGUCUCAGCAAAUGGUGGGAAUGUUGCCUUUAAAACGUGUAUAAAUGGGACAAAAUGAGAUGGGAUUUGAAUCUAGGCCAUUAUUGAUAAAGGUACCAUUCAUACCACCAAAUACAGGACCCACAGGGAACAUACAGCAGCCUCCUGUCAGCCAAUCAAAUCAGCACCCGCGUGUUUGAUUUUCAGGUUCAGCCAAUCAAAUCAGGUUAAAAAAAUUACUGUAGCAUCUGAUAAAACAUUUAUUUUUUAUUUUUUAUUAAAUCUGCAGGUAAUUGAAAAUGUAAACCAGUGUGUCUUUACUUCUUGUGUUCCAUCAGGCUGCGUUUCCCAAACUCGGUCCUCUGGACCUCAAACGGGGUGUACAUUUCGGUUUUUACACUACACAGCUGGUUUAUAUGAUCUAAGCUUUAAUCAGCUGUGUAUUGCGACCCCCGUUGGGGUCCAGAGGUCAGAGUUUGUGAAACCCUGCCAUAAGGGAGUUUAUUUGGUAAACUCCUGGACAAGAUUUUUUUUUAAAUGUAAGUAAGUUAAAAUCCUAUGGGCUUGUAUCUUUCCUGAUUCACUUACUAGUUAGUGCCUUAUAACAGAGAUAAUCAAUUGGAAAAUAAAAAAACAUUUUAUUAAA